UAAUCCAACUUCGUAUUAAUUAAGUCAGAUUUUAUGGCAGUUGUAUUUGGACAUUUAAAAGGUACCUACAUCAAGAUGAGAGCUGUGGUACUUUUUGCAUUAUUUCUCUGCGGUGCCAAUGCCCUUCCCGAAGUCGCACCACAGAUGAUGAGCGAGCGACAGGCGCGGAUAAUCACGGAUCAGGUUAUUGAAGACAUUGAGGACAUCAGCCAGGCUAUAAGGGACAUGGGGCUGGACCCAUUACUAAUAGAACAUGACAUUUAUGACUAUGAGUUGCCGGUACCCGUGAUCUUCAAUGCGGCUGCCGAGCUCGUAGACAUCAGGAGUUUUGGUCUCAGCGACAUUGUGAUUGAGGAUAUGAGCAUAAACAUAUUGCAAUCUAGGCUCGAUUUCCGUGUAGUUCUACCUCACAUUCAUUUCUCUGCUAAGAAAGCAAAAGGUGAAGUUACGUUGUUUGGUGAAACAUUGACUGCAGAACUUGACGGCACUGUCGAUGUGCGAAAUAUAGACGCGGUGGGCCACGCAAACUACCUACUUGGGCUUAUCUCCGGAAUAUCCAUACCUAAUGUUGAUGUCGAAUUGAUAAUCAGUCAAAUUACCUCCAGACUUCAGCUGACCAUCCAGGGUGAUGAUUACUCUGAUGAUAUCAACGAUUUCAUCAACAAAACAGUGCCUGGAAAACUGGAUGAAUUCAGUGAUGAAGUAAACGAGCUGGUCGCGAUGAUUGUAUUGGACAUCAUCAACGAAAAUUAUCUUAAUUAAUUACUGAAUACGAGUAUAGAAUACCAAUAAAUAAAUGGACUGUUUUGAAAAGUA